AUGGAGGCGGCGAAGGUGCGCGACCUCUACGAGCAGUUCAAGCGGCGCGAGCGGCGCGACUUCGACGACGCCGAGGACGCGCGGCGCUUCGCCAUCUUCCGGCGGAACCUGGCGACGAUCGACACGCUGAACGCGGCGAACCCGGCCGCGGUCUUCGGCAUCACGUCCUUCUGCGACCGCACGGACGAGGAGCGCCAGUCCGUCGCCUGGGUCUCGGCGUCGGACUGCGCGGCCUGCGACCGCUUCCCGCAUUUCGGGGACUACGACAUGGGCAACCUGCCGGACGACUUCGACUGGCGCGCGCUCGGCGCGGUCACGGCCGUCAAGAACCAGAAGUACUGCGGCUCCUGCUGGUCCUUCUCGUCGGCCGGCGACAUCGAGGGCACCAUGUUUUUGGCGGGGGACGAUUUGAUUUCCCUGAGCACGCAGCAGCUCGUGUCGUGCAACACGUACAACUACGGCUGCGACGGCGGCUGGCCCUUCGCCGCGAUGGAGUACGUGUCCCACUUCGGCGGUUUGGUGCCCAUGGACGACUACCCCUACAAGGGCAUCUGCAUGGACAACAUGUGCGGCGGGACCGAGAUCUUCACGGGCACGCCGACCUGCGACAAGGAGCUCCUCAACGGCCACCUCGCGGCCGGCGACGUCGCGGCCAUCGAGGGCUACCAGUUCGUCGCCAUGGGCGCGGAGUACGAGGACCUCAUGCACGUCGCCCUCGUGAAGAACGGGCCCCUGUCCCUGGCCUUCAACGCCAACGGCAUGGAGUUCUACGCGGGCGGCGUGGACCACCACUUCCCCUGCGACCCGACGGCCCUCGACCACGCCGUCUUGCUCGUGGGCUACGGCACGGAGACCUUCGACGUGCCCUACUGGCUCAUCAAGAACUCCUGGGACACCGAGUGGGGCGAGGGCGGCUACUACCGCCUCGUCCGCGGCGUCAACGCCUGCGGCGUCGCCAACAUGGUCGUCCACUCCGUCCACAAAAAGAACUAG